UGUACACUCGCUACGAAAGAGUUGGUUCUCUGCGACACAGAACAAAUCAGACGACAGAAUAAUCUAAACACUUUACCUCGAGAAUCUAUUCUUUUCCUUUCCAUUUUUACGAGAGGUUUACAGAUUCAUGAUGGAAUCUAAGGUCAUUUUCCUGAUGCUGACUGCUCUGGGAGGCGCAAUCGCUUUACCAAAAUUCGUUGCAGAAUCUGGCCACACAGAUGUGGGAAGUGCGAUGGCGACUAAGAGGGGUGUCCUUUCCUUCGGGUGGAUGGUUAAGCUCGUUACUGAAAGAGAUCCCCUUGAUUUCAAUGGUUAUGGCUGCUAUUGUGGAAUUGGUGGGGAAGGCAAACCCGUGGAUGAUUUGGACAGGUGUUGCCUAGUUCACGACAAUUGCUAUGGCGACAUUUUAGAGGCGGAGGUUUGCCCUUUCGAGAAAGGAAUUUAUUCUCUUCCCUACUCAACAAAAUCGGAUCACCCUACCGAAUGCGAACCUGCAUCUUAUUACUGGCUUAGUGGAGAAUGCCGCUUUCGCUUGUGCAAGUGCGAUGCAGCUGCCGCUAAAUGCUUUAAGAAGAAUCGCUAUCAAGAGAAGUAUAGAAAAUACCCACAGAACAAGUGUACGAAUGACAAGCCUUCUAAAAGUGAUGAUGAAACAACACAAACGUUGUUUCCGCUUUGAGUUUGUAAUUGUUUGUUAGAUGAAUAAAAGAGCAAAGAUCUCUUUUGGUAUAGUCUGGCUUCGUAGCAACUGCCGCAAGUACAUGUCGCCUACCGAUUAUUUCUGUUGAUUUGGUGAUGUCGUUUCGAAAAAAUAACCCAGCCGUAUAUUAUUUUAAACCUUUUCUAUCAAUGCGCUAAACAAGUCAACAUAUAGUAUCUGGCCUACAGAACAUUGAACUAUCUUAAAUCCCGGUUUACUGCGUCAAACUAAAAGCCCGAGUUUCUGAAGAACUACUAACACCAGAAGCAAAUAUCAGUUUCAUCUUCUCAGAAAAUGAUCCAGUGUGCAUGAUUGUGCGACUGGAUUGAUUUACCAGUUUCACUUAAUUGCCAGAAAUACACAAACCAUUCACGUAAAUAGUUUAUUUACAAUGUUUUCUUUUUCAAUGUGUAGGUGUCAUAUUUAAGUAAACAUGUUCAUCCCAGUAAUUCAUUGGUACAUAGACUCCAUGUAAACUUCGGGUUUUAUAAAUUUUAAUAAUUGGUGUAAUUUAAUAACUAUGGAAAAAUCGACGAUUUCCACUUCACAGAGAAUUUCACUUGCAUUAAUCACAACACGAACAUUUCCUACAACUCUUCCUCCACAAGAAAGCAAGCAUGCAGCACGCAAAAAAUAAUGUCAUAGCCCCUCC